UAUAAUCUAUUGAUUCCAUCUUUCCUCCCAAUCUUUUGAUUGUAGCAGAGAAAUUAGAUUUUAGUGUUCUUCCCAAAAAAGAGGAUUCCAAUUAUGAAAGGGUGUAUUUUUAAUAUUGACGCUGGGUACUUAGAAGGAUUAUGCCGUGGCUUUAAGUGUGGUAUCCUUAAACAGUCCGACUACUUGAAUUUAGUACAAUGCGAAACUUUAGAAGAUUUGAAACUUCACUUACAAGGAACAGAUUACGGCACAUUCCUAGCAAAUGAACCCAGCCCUCUGGCUGUGUCUACUAUUGAUGAUAAACUACGUGAAAAGUUGGUUAUUGAGUUUCAACAUCUAAGGAAUCACUCUGUAGAGCCAAUGUCAACCUUCCUGGAUUUCAUCACCUACAGCUACAUGAUUGAUAAUAUCAUUCUCUUGAUUACUGGUACACUCCACCAGAGACCAAUUUCAGAGCUUAUCCCAAAGUGCCAUCCGCUUGGCUCUUUUGAGCAGAUGGAAGCUAUACAUGUGGCUGCUACUCCUGCUGAGCUCUACAAUGCUGUGCUAGUUGACACACCACUGGCACCAUUCUUUGUAGAUUGCAUCAGCGAACAAGAUCUAGAUGAAAUGAACAUUGAGAUCAUUCGUAACACCCUGUAUAAGGCUUAUCUAGAAGCUUUUUAUGAGUUCUGCAAGCAGAUUGGAGGAACAACUGCUGAUGUCAUGUGUGAAAUUUUAGCUUUUGAAGCUGAUCGACGUGCCAUCAUUAUUACCAUUAACUCUUUCGGUACUGAGCUGUCAAAGGAUGAUCGUGCUAAAUUGUACCCCCGCUGUGGCAAAUUAAAUCCUGAUGGUUUGGCUGCACUGGCACGUGCUGAUGAUUAUGAACAGGUGAAGGCAGUGGCUGAAUAUUAUGCUGAAUACUCUGCAUUGUUUGAAGGUGCUGGAAACAACGUUGGUGACAAAACCCUUGAAGAUAAAUUCUUUGAACAUGAGGUGACUCUCAACGUCAAUGCAUUUUUACAACAGUUUCAUUUUGGAGUGUUCUACUCUUAUCUCAAACUGAAGGAACAAGAAUGUAGAAAUAUCGUAUGGAUCAGUGAAUGCGUAGCUCAGAAACACAGAGCCAAGAUUGACAACUACAUUCCCAUAUUCUAAAAGAUUUCUAAUCUGAAGAAAGUCCUUUAUGCAGUGUAAAUAAUUUAUAUAUUACUAAGAGCUGAUUUUUCAAUUGUUACAUAAUUCAAUUUGAUAAAGAGUUUCAAAAGCGAUGAAGUGACCAUGUUUAAAUAUUUCAACGUAAGAUACUCAAAAUUAUAUCUUUCUAAAAUCUUAACUCAAAUAUCUUAGUUUUAUAAUACACACUUUUCUUUCUAUUACAAUCAAAGUGCUUGUUUUAUGAAGUAAAUAUUAAUUUAAAGACCUAAAUGAGACAAAAAUAAAGUACAGGUUUAAAUUCAGAAGCUUGGUCCGCUGAAACCAUCAUCAAUUUGAUAAUUGGAAAACCAGCACUAAGAAAUAUUUGUUCUUUUAUUUAAAAUAUUAUUGAAGAAAGUGGUUAAACCUUAUACAUAAGAAUUAACUAUCUUAAUAAAUCUUUUAUUAUUUAUAAAUUGUUGCUAAUUGUUGUAUAGCAACAAAAAAAUAAUUGACUUGGGAUUUAUAGACAAAAUGUAUCGCAAAUUAACAUUAUAAAGUUGUAAACAAUAACAAAACAUAUAAAUUAAGCUUUCAAAAAAUUCGACAUUCCUUGUUGUUAGAUAAUUAAUAAGUAAAUUUUUGCCUUUUCAGUAUUUAUCGAAAAUACACUAAGAACAUAAAUUGUAUUUGUAACAACAGUUUUAAAAGAACUUCAUUGUUAUUUUGCAGUAUGAGAUAUCUUUAAUAAUUAUAAUAAUUACUUAUGCAGAUUUAUAAGCCUCUAAACUCUGCUGUCCAUAUUUAAAAAAUAACUACAUUAAUGCUAUUUAAUAUUUUUCAAAUUAUAUUCAGAUUAUAUGUUAUUGAAUGACACUAAAUUAUUUAUGUAUGUACAUAAAAUAUAGAAUUGAAAUGUUUCUUUUUGGGAUAACCCAAUUAUUGUAGAGAAUGUGUAUACUAUGUUAGAAACUUGAUUAAAUAAAAGCAGUUAAAUUUCAAA